AAACCUCGAUCUAUGACGCGAAGGAAUCGAAACUUAUGGGUACUUGAAGACAGCUGAAGCGAAUGAGAUCGCGAGCACUCACGGACCGUGCAGCGUAUGAAUAAGGUGAAAGCAUAAAGAGAGAACUGCUGCGAUAUUUGCACUGUCACUGAGCCACUGGCGAUGGAAGCUGGAAACUACGUCGCAAGAUUAAAUGAAUAUAAACAGAAACGCCGACUUGAGCUGGAGUACAAGGACCUGGGGUCUGAGGGCCUUGAUCAUAACAAACUAUUCAAACAAAGGGCUGUCCUAGAUGGUAAAGCCUAUCCCAUAGGUUAUGGGAAGACCAAGAAGGAUGCCAAGACCAAUGCAGCCAAAAAUGCCCUGAAAGGCUUGUCUGAGAAUGAACUUCAAGCCUCAGAUGCCUUACCAGGAACUGUUGCAGAAGCUCCGGCUGCAGUUCAACUGAGUAUCAACUACAUAUGCUGGCUCAAUGAAUAUGGUCAGAGGAACAGUUUGACAAUAAAGCCGGUGGAUUCAACAAGACCUGGACUAUACAAUGCCAUCCCAAGCUGCAGCUUUAUUGUUGGCGACAAAAACUAUCCCGAGGCCACAGGAGCGACGAAGAGAGAAGCUAAGGAGAAAGCAGCCAAGCUGGUGUAUGAUGAGAUACAUGGCAAUAAUACGGCGGAGAGUUGCACUUUCUCCACUUUCAAGACUGAAGAUGAAAAAAACACCCAUGCAUCGGGUCAGCAAAAUGAGGAAGUAAAUCUCAAUGUUUCUAAUCUCUGUGACAAGAACAAAAGACUGAGUGUGAACUUCAAAGAGAACAGCUUCACACAGACAGAUUUCAAAGGAAUCAUCAACCACUACUGUCAGAAAAAAGCCCUCUCUCAUACGUAUUUGGAAGCGAAGAGAUGUGGCCCGGCUCAUAAUCCUCAAUUUUUCCGCAAAUUAGUAAUCAACAACGAAGAUUACCCCAUGGGUCAAGGUAAGACUGUGAAGGAAGCCGAACAACAUGCAGCUGAGCUGGCCUGGUCUGCUCUUCAGAAACAGUCCAGCUUGGACAGUGAGGUGUCGUUUGGGUCAACAGCAUCUGAGGAUGACGAAUCGUCGUCAGUGUCAGCAUCAUCAUCAUCUGCACGGGAUUCCAAGGAGGCAUCGUCACAAAACAGGCCAGAGAGCGAAAGUGAAUCAGUAAUAUUCGCUUAUUCAUCAAACGCUUCCAAGGCCCAGGUCAAAUCAGCAGAGUCUGAAAAUAACACAUCAUCUUCAGCAACAUCGGAUACAAGUGACUCUCCCAGAGAUCAGAACGCAACAAGCAAUAACUCAACAAGUGAUGCAUCGAUGCCGUCAAGAUUUAAAGCCGACUUCGAUUCCCUAACACUUCUUGGUGAAGGAGGCUUUGGUCGCGUUUUCCGUGCAAGAGAAAAACUGGUGGACACGUUUUAUGCCGUGAAGGUUGUCCGCGGUAAACCGAAAGCUCUGCGAGAGGUGAGGACGUUAUCAGAACUGCAUCACAGAAACAUUGUUAGAUACUACAACUGUUGGAUGGAGGACUAUGACGAGUUUUCGCUGUGAGUGAACAUCCCCAUUAAGAUAUUACUGUAUUUUUUCAUUUAUUUACAAUGCGGCUGUGUCAUUUCGCUGUUAUUUUUCUUUCUUAGAUCCACCAGUAGCUCCUCUUCACAGUACCUCUUUAUCAAGAUGGAAUUAUGUAAGGAUACACUUCGAGACUGGAUAAACAAGAAGAACGACAAUGCUGUUCAAAUCUCCAAGAGAAGAGAGGAAAGUCUGCCCAUCGCUCAGCAAAUAGUGAAUGGAGUUGAGUACAUUCACUCCAAAAAGUUAAUCCACAGGGACCUUAAGCCGGCCAACAUCAUGUUUGGACAGGAUGAAGAAGUGAAGAUUGGGGACUUCGGUCUGGUCACUACUGAGACUGACGACGAAGAUGGAGCGAAUGAGAGAACGAAAACAGGAACCAAACCCUACAUGGCUCCUGAACAGGAGAGUGGCAACUACGGUCACAAAGUGGACAUGUUUGCUUUGGGGUUGAUCUACUUUGAACUCCUUUGGAAAAUGUCCACUUACCAUGAAAGAAAGAAGAUUUGGAAUGACGUCAGAAAGCAGAAGUUCCCUGAGGAGUUUUCACUGGCCUUUCCCAAAGAGACCAAAAUAAUCACAUCUCUGCUGUGUGAGAAGCCAGAAGACCGGCCUGAAGCAAGCAAAGUGAAACAGAAGCUGGAGAGGUUAACUCUGAAAUUCAACGUGCAAGAAGACAUGCGCCAAGAACGUGCAACAGUCAGGCAACAAGAGCAAUCAGAGAUGGGAAGGAAAAAGUAUAUAGCAAGACUAAAUGAGUAUGCACGGAGAACCGGCUCGAAGCUGACAUUUGAGGUUGUCCCGCAGGGACCCGACGGCCAAAGUGGUUGCAUUAGACCUUCUGGCGGGCCGGUUUUCAGAGUAAUGGUGAGGGCCGUGAUCAAUGGUCAGGAAUAUUCUGAUGGUGCGGGUGAGAACAUGCAGGAAGCAAAGCAGAAUGCAGCUAAACUUGCCUUGAGUUGUUUGGAUGGCAAGGAAAAUCCGAGACAAGCGGUUAUGGUGCCUUCUGACCAUGGUGAAUCAGCCAGGCCUUCCAAACCACGAACCGCAUUGGCCACCUGUAAUGACAAAUUUAACCACACGGUAGUGACUUCUGAUUCACAGAGAAAACCCAAAUUUCAGGAUAUAAAGCGUCCUAAAGAAAUUGAACCAGGAAAUGGUCCCUGCGAGGAGGCCACUUCAGAAAGUAACAAAUCACGAUUUGACUGGAAAGAAUCCCUCGGCAAAGGAGCUUUUGGUCGAGUUUUCAAGGCGAUAGAUAAAAGGCUGAAGAUGUGUUACGCUAUCAAGGUCGUCCCUUUCAAAGAAAAAGCUCUACGAGAGGUGAAGGCCUUGUCAGACCUUAACCACAGCAGCAUCGUUCGAUACUACUGGUGGUGGAUAGGGGAUUCAGGGGUCCAGUCGGACAGUACAGAUGACAGCUCUGGCUCUUCCCAGUCCUCCAGUGGUGCAUCUGGACAGUUCCUCUAUAUUCAGAUGGAGUUAUGUGACAGCAAAACUCUUAGAGAGUGGAUAGAAGAGAAGAAUGAGGAAGAAACUCUGAAAGACUCCAAGAGAAGAGAAGGAAGCCUGAACAUUAUCCAGCAAGUUGUCAGCGGAGUUGAAUACAUUCACUCCAAGAAGUUCAUCCACAGGGACCUGAAGCCAACCAACAUCAUGUUUAUUGGGGGUGUUAAAGUGAAGAUCGGAGACUUUGGUCUGGUGACUUCCGAGAAUGAUGAGGAUGAGAAAGAGAUUGAGAGAACAGCGUACAGAGGAACUCCAUAUUACAUGGCACCUGAGCAGAAGAGCAAGAGGACUUACAACAGAAAGGUUGAUAUAUUUCCUUUGGGGCUGAUCUACUUUGAGCUUCUUUGGAAAAUCCCCACCAAUCAUGAAAGAGCUUUAAUGUGGGAUGACAUCAGAAGACAAAUACUUCCUAAAGGGUUUGCAAACUAUUUUACUGAAGAGUACGCCAUUAUCAACUCGAUGCUGAGUGCAGAGCCAGACGACCGACCCGAAGCGACUGAGAUCAAGACCAACCUGGAUGAAUGCGCUAGCAGACUCAACACUUAAGAAAUUCCAGAACUUACUGAAUUACAAAAUAAAAUGUAUUUUAUAUUA